UAUAUUAAUGAUAAAAUAGGAAGCCUCAGCCGAUCUCACGUUUAUUUAAGUCGCCAAGAAAACUACCCUUCUUCGCUCUCUCACAUUGAAGACAAAUAGCACACAGUAGCCGCCACCGCCUCUGCCACCGGCCCACCACCACCAUAUAGUUGGACUAUUAAGAGAGCUAACAAAAUGAGAAGCCUUUUCAACUUAUCUUUCCUCAUUCUCCUCUUUUCACUAAUUUCAGCCUGUGCCAAGAACCACAACAAUGCAGACCUCGUCCGCACAUCAUGUGCCCAUGCUAGCUACCCCAAGAUUUGCCUCCGCACACUCUCCUCCUACUCCGGCGUCGCCACCACCCUGCGCAAUCUUGCGAGAGCCGGAGUGAAAGUCAGUCUCUCUCGCUCGAAGGCAGCUGCGAAUUUCUUGGCCCAGCUCAAGAGCCAAAGCAAGAGAGAGCAAAUUGCCCUACGCGACUGCAUAGAGCUAAUGGGGAACUCCAUGGAUGAGCUGACCGAAACCCUGUCGGAGCUGCAGCACCUCCGGAGUGGCGAUUUCGGGUGGCACAUGAGCAACGUCGAGACAUGGGUUAGUGCUGCUUUAACAAAUGAGAAUACUUGUCUUGAUGGGUUCAAAGAAAUUGAAGGAUUUAUUAGGUCUGACGUGAAGAGGAAGAUUACGAAAGUUGCUCGGGUUACUAGUAACGCUCUUUACCUUAUCGACCUUCUCGACAACUCCCACGGAAAAAAUGUUGAGAUUGCGACUCGACAGAAUUAAAGAAGUCGAGAAGAAUUAAUUAUUGUGCUUAAUGUCGAUUCCUUUGUCUUGUUAAUGGUUGUGGUACCUUUUUUAAAUAAUUACUAUUAAUUAUUUAUUAUUGGUUCUUGGAUCA